GAAGCUGCUCAGCGCGCGCCGCGGGAGGAAGCGCAGCCGGGUCCGCUGGGGUCGGGUCCGGCUGGACCAUGGAGCCGUUGCCUGAGCUCGCGCCCCGGCCCGGGCCCCGCUGUCUUCUGCUUCUCUCCCUGCUACUGUUGCUGCUGCUGCUACUGCCGGCCCCGGAGCUGGGCCUCGGCUCCGCGCACGCCGAGGAGACCGACUGGGUUCGACUUCCCAGCAAAUGCGAAGUGUGUAAAUAUGUCGCCGUGGAGCUGAAGUCUGCUUUUGAGGAGACAGGAAAGACCAAGGAAGUGAUCGACACAGGCUACGGCAUCCUGGAUCGGAAGGCCUCCGGCGUCAAAUACACCAAGUCCAUUUCAGAGCCCCCAGACCAGAUGACCUAUCUUCCUUCCAGCUCUGACUUCCCUUUGGUGAGAUGCACAGGAGCUCAGUCCCUCUUGUGCUCCUGUCUCUGCAGGGACUUACGCUUAAUCGAAGUCACUGAGACCAUCUGCAAGAGGCUCCUGGACUACAGCCUGCACAAGGAGAGGACCGGCAGCAACCGGUUUGCCAAGGGCAUGUCUGAGACCUUUGAGACACUGCACAACCUGGUCCACAAAGGGGUCAAGGUGGUGAUGGAUAUCCCCUACGAGCUGUGGAAUGAGACCUCUGCAGAGGUGGCUGACCUCAAGAAGCAGUGUGACGUGCUGGUGGAAGAGUUUGAGGAGGUGAUCGAGGACUGGUACAGGAACCACCAGGAGGAAGACCUGACUCAGUUCCUCUGCGCCAAUCACGUGCUGAAGGGCAAGGACACCAGUUGCCUGGCAGAGCAGUGGUCCGGCAAGAAGGGGGACACAGCUGCCCUGGGAGGGAAGAAGUCUAAAAAGAAGAGCAGCAGGGUCAAGGCAUCGGGCGGCGGCAGCAAACAGAGGAAGGAGCUAGGUGGCCUGGAGGAAGACCCCAGCCCCGAUGAGGAUGAGGGCAUCCAGAAGGCGUCCCCUCUCACACACAGCCCCCCGGAUGAGCUUUGAGCCUAACCCAGUGCCCCCUGAACCGAGACCCCUGACCUGGAACCUGAGGAAUCCGGGACCCUGCUCUGGCUGGCAGACAGCUGUCCUGUUC